UCGGCUGUGGGGCGGGACGGGGCGCGGCCGCCGCCGCGGCUCGCUCUCUGCCUCAGCAGCGGUCGUGUGGGCAUCCAUGUGGCGGCUGGCUUCGCUCCUGUGCCUUUCGCCCCUCCUGGCACACAUCUACUGUGAAGACAUAGUUGGCAUCAUGGGAGAAAAUUUUACUUUUCCAGUACAAAUAGACCAAAAAAUAGUGGAAGCUACCUGGAAGAAAAACAAGGAUAAAGUGGUUGAAUGGGAAGAGCAAAACAACCCGAUAUAUUUUGAUCCUCUCGGCAGCAGGAGUGUACUUAUGGAGAAUGGAUCCUUGACUAUAGUUAACUUGCAGAAGGGUGAUGCUGGCACAUAUGAGUUACAGUACCGGGAUUUUGUGGGAGAUCACAACUUAAACUUUGUACUUUCUGUGUUAGAUUCCCUUCCAAAACCUAAAAUAAGUUGCAACACCAGCGAUGAUGAACUUGUGCUAAACUGUACAGCAAAUUUCCAGAGGUCUCUGAAUUAUGCUUGGAAGCUCAGUAACAAUCCACAAAGCUAUCAGAACCAGGAGCUUUCCAUCCCUGUGAAGAAUGUUGAUAUUACCACCAAUGCUACAUGUAUAAUUAAAUUUUCACAAACAGAAAGGAGGUCUGAAAUCUCUUUGCGUUCAUGCCUUCCAGAAGGAAAAGGAGACAGUUCUCAGAAACGACACAGAUAUUACCUUAUUGCAGCUAUUAUCCUAGUAGGAGUCCUAGGAGGAAUCCCAGUACUCCUGCUCAGGAAAGGUAUAAUUAAACUUGGUACAGGAAGAAGGACUGCUCAGAAUAACAGUGCAAUGAAUGGCUCAGGAGAACAUGAGCAACUUUUCCCUGGGAACAGCGAACAACAAUCUAACUCACAGGGAGCUGCAUUUUCACAAACUGUUGAUUGCGGGAAUGAAGAGCCUGAAGCAGACAGAGCACUGAACAGGGAUAUGAAUGAGAAAGAGAAUCAGAUAGUUAAGAAUGGUGUAAAUCAGGAAGAAGUGACCCAGGAUACAGAAGGUGGAAAUGGGGGGCAGCCCAACAACUCUUCCAGCAGCACUAAAGAAGACAAAACUGCUGAUGAACCUGUCAUGAAACCAGGAAUGGACUUGGAACAGUCUGCAUAGCUGCAGAGGAAGAUCUUAAACCAUAAGCAAAUAAUUGCUUUGUUGCCCAAAGAAAUAUGGAAGAGAAGCAAUAGAAAUCAGUGAUGAAUGAGGUGCUACCUUUUCCCUUGAAGGGCUUCCACAAGCAAUGAAGUUGUCAGAGCUUCAUCAAGAAGUAUUUUAAAGACUGAACUGUUUCCAGUGCCUAUUUUUCUGUUCCUCAGGAAGGACAGCCUUCUCUUUCUAGUGCCACUAUGUGAAGACACAUAGGCCAAACCACGGACAAAAUCUUUUGAAUUGUUGUAUAUGAUUUUAACAAACCAUAUGGUUCAACAUUUAACAAACCUUAUGGUUUGUUAUAUGGUUUGUUUUAUAGUUAUUUUUACUAACACACUAAAGCCUCUUUGUAGUUGAUAUUUAGAGAUUUAAAGCUUAAUAUAUUUGCAUGAAUGUGGAAAAAUCAAAGACUGGUCAACUUUCACUUUUUUAUCAGUGCCUUUUUACAGUCAGAAAAAAACCUUCAUCCUUCAGCAGGCCCAGAUGGGUGGAAGUUUGCAUUUUCUAAUCUUGGUUCUAGACAAAGCUAUGUCCUAGAGUUGCUAAAUGCCUGGCAAACUGAUCAUGUCCUGACAGUCAUUCAUUCUGUGAUAAAAUUACAUUUCAGCUUGUUGUUGCACUGAAACAAAGCUCUCAUUAACAACAGGUUUGGGCUUUUCCUAAAAAUUUUUAUAUUUUUUUUAACUUUUAGGCUUUUUAAGCCUUUGCACUUCAUAUUUUCUAAGAAUGUCAUCUCACUACUACUCAUUCCUAGGAAAUAAUAGUAUGUUUUUAAGUUGCUUGAGAGUAGAACAAAAACUUGAAAACUGAGGUUGUGUAUAUAAUGAAGUUUAAAAAGAAAAACACCAUGCAUUAAUCCUUUCAGAACAUCAAGCUAUGGAGUGUUUUUCAUUAUGUUUACAUGCUGGUUGUUUAUGAAAGUUGAAAGCCAGUUUAGUUAAUUUUAAAGGUGGUAUGUGUAAAGAAUCAUGAAGGUUUGACACUGGUAACCAGAGAUCAGAGGUUUCAGGUUUCCCCUUGUUUCAAUUUAUGCCCUUUCCACUCCCACAAUUUCUUCUUCUAUUUGCAGCUGUGCUGCACAAGUCUACAGCUUGUACACGGUGCAUUCAAGUCACUUUUGGUAGGACUUUUGUCUACUGCUUUCUGUAAAUAUUUAUAAUUUAUUAAAAAAAAAUACUCAAGAUGUAAAAAA